UUAUGACGUCAUCCGUAUCAACUUUUGUGCUUAAAAAUGUAUAAAAUGUUCAACUUUUAUAGCUAAGGAUUUAAAAUUUAAAACAACGUUCCACGUAAAUAGGUUAUAUAUAAAUUACUUAAUUCACAAUAAUAUGCUUAAUAAUAUCAUAGGACAUAGACUGACCGACCGUCUUCGCUCAGAAUCGUUUUUAUUAUGCAACGAUAUUAUAUCAUUGAAUUUAACAGUAUUCGUUACAGUGACCGACUUGUAACCUACUGACUACUGUACAGCAGAGCGACACCCACUUUCCUACCUUUUUUUGAUUGCAGUUUGCCGACGAAAUAGAUAAUAGAACAGAACCUUACGACUCACGAACCUUGAAAGGUGGGAGUAUAAAUAAAUAAGUAGGUAGGUUUUUCUGGGUCUCUGGGAAAUAUAUUAUUUUAUAAUAUAAUUAUUACUAUAUAAGUCGAUCGAUAAGUAUUCUGUAAGUAUUUAAUAUGUAGGAACGGAUUUCUACAAAAAUACAAAAUACAAAAACUCUGCUUCGUGUCUAAGGUUGCAUCUAUAUUUCUUAUCAAACUCGGUAAAUUUUUUAUAGAAGCCCAACUGAUUUUUCGGUCUAUAGCCGCGGCUAGCGCUUAGUAUGUCAUAAGCUCAUGGGUCAUAUUUUUUAACUUUUAAUAGUCUUAAACAGUAAACACCUAACUGUACAUAUACAGGUAAUUUAUUGAUUUCCUACAUUUUAAGUGUCAGUACCUACCUGUAUGCUAUUAUCAUAUCAACUAAUAUUGUACUAAAAAUUAACACAACUUUUACAGGAAAAAAAAUCGGUUGACUUAAGAAAUUGUUGGGCAAUACAUAAUGGAAUUGCCUGUAUUUGGUAACAAAAAAAAAAACAGUACUCAGAACCAGCAGCGUAAGAAGAAAAAAGUUUUAAAACCAAUACGUUUACAUACAUUGUCGGCCACCAGAAGAAGACAAUGCACAUCAAAUACACCAUAUCAAACCACAUAUACUAGCCAUACUGGAACCCAAUCGAACAGAUCAAAUGUCAAUAGUUUACUAAUUAACGAUCAUAUAUUGCGUAUAAAAAAACUAGAAAAUGAACUGACUGAAGCACAUAUGAAAACGCGUGAACUAAUCGUAGAAAACCGUUUAUUGAAAACAUUAGAGAAGCGGCACGAAAAUGCAUUAUCUAUGUAUGAAGGUAAACAAGCCAAGCUACCACAAGUAAUUAAAUCAUAUGAAGAGGAAAUACGCACAUUAAAAAGUCAAAUACGUCAUAUUAAAAUUUCAUUUAAAGAAAUGGAAAAUAGAUAUAAGUCACAGAACAUUGAAUUAAUAUCCUUACAAAAACAGCACAAACACCUUUUAGGUUUAUCUCAGAAUAAACAGCUUAGUAAAAAAGAAAAACUAUCAGAUCAGUUAGAAGAAGCACAAAGUACAAUAAAAAAACAAGAUGAUAAAAUUUUGAAUAUUAUGAAAAAAUUAGAACUUCAAAAUAAAUCCCAUAGGUAUCAUAUAAACGUAGAACAUAUUAAAAUCAAAGAAUUACAACAUGAAGUCAAACGUUUAGAAGAUGAAAAGAAAAAUCUAAGAUCAUGUUUGGAUAAACUUAAGAAUAAAAAUCAUAGUUCAAGACAAAGUUUUUCAAAGGGAAUAACUGAAGAUUCAAUAAGCAUAGUAUCUCGUGUAUUAAAGCCUAUACCAACAAUACAUGAUGGACAAGGUGAUGAAAUAGAUGAAUCUUUUUACAAAACUAAUGGGUCAAUAUCACUUACACCAGAAUCAUUUCAUGAAGAUCGUGAAGAAAACGGUAGAUAUUCAACAAAAAACUACCAAAUUAACACAAUUAAGCAGAUAAAAAAUAAUACAAUAAAACCAUCUAGUACCUUAAUAAAUAAAGAAUCAUACUCAUCAAUAACACCGAGCAGUAUGUCUUGGGUAGACAAUGAUCUGGCUAAGUUGACAAAAGCAAGUGAAUCAAAAUUAUUAGAAACUGUAAAAAAUGAUUUUGAAAAAAAAACUAGACAUAAAGCUGCUGCUUUCAACCAAUUACCAGGAACCUCCAUGUCUAGAGCACAAAAAGACAUACUUUUAGCAAAAUUAAAUCAAGUCAGCGAAGAUCAAGACAAUCAUGAAAAUUAUUUUAAAUCAAAACUAUUAAAGCAGCCAAUUAAUAAAAGAUACUCAUCAUCAUAUGAUUCUGAUAAUAUAAGUGGUGAAUCUUCUAACAGUGAUAGUUCACAGGAAUAAUCAAAUAUUAAUUAAAAUAUGUGU